CUUAUUGCUUGUUAUGACAGGGCUUAAUACUGUUUGGGAUAAUUAGGGCGUAGUUCAAGUUUGUGGAUAUGGAAUAUGGCUUCUGAUACAGGUUUCAAUUCCCUACAAUGUCUUUUUUCUUUUUUCUUCUUUUUAAAGGUUGGCUAUGGUAAUUAUAUAACGCCAGUGGUUCUUAAAUGUGUAAAAUCUUUAUUCUCAAAUUAGUCAUUUUCCCAGAUGUUACCGAUUGUUGCUAUUAUAUUUUUGACUUAAGUUAUUUAUUUAUUUAUUUUAACUUAAACUUAUUUUUCUUUUGUUAAAGAUAGCAUAAAAAAUGUUGGUUUCUAGAGAUCUGAAUCAUCUGAUCCCUGCUUCCGUCCUAUGCUCAACCUGUAAAUGUUCUCUAAAAACCCACAGUUAAUUGUUGUGCAUUAGUUUUUUAAAGUGACAUGAUGCGCUGAAAAAACAACUCCAGACUCUAAAAUACUUUGGAGAAUUUAUUCUGCCCUGUGGUCAGAGGAAAUGCUUCAACUAUUUCAUUGAACUUUCAAUUUCGUAGGAUGAAAAUAUAGUCCAGCCCAGACAGAUAUAAAAGGCCGUAGGCUUAAACAUAGUGGGCUUAGCCUAACACCAUCACCGCCACCACCACCACCACCGGAGCGAAUUCCAUACAAAGAUGCAGAACAAAAAUAAAGAACAGAGCUACUCUCCAGUGGAACAAUUUUUAACUUUCUUUUUUGUUCUUUCUGUUUCUGAGACGGGAUUGGAUCAGCCAGUCAGCUCUCCUCUUCAUACAAUAUUCUGAAUCUCCUAUUUUGCACCUCCGAUUUCGAACGAGCUACCGUUCAAUAUCUGCGAGUACCCGAGACGCCUGAACAAGGUCUGUCGACGUGGUCGCUCUCAUUCUCUCGGGAAAGCAAGUUGUAGAUAUCUUCUAAGUCUGGAAUUUUUUUUUAACAGGAGUUUCUCAUAGAGCGGCCUCCUUAAUUUGACUACUCCAAAUUCUAGAAUACUUUGUGUGUUAGAUUGAAGAAUCUAUUAUGACCUGCAGAGGGAAUUCUUUAAACAAAGUAGGUUGAAUAGCAAUAUCUUUUGAAUGGUUGCUAAGGCUUCAACUGUAAAUCAAGCAAUGACAACACUGGUUAAAUCUCCUCCCACACUAUCAAACAUUUUGGUUCUCCAUACCCAUCCUAAGAGCCUGAAAUUGUUAAAAUCCUCUAGCAUACACAAUGUUGUUAUCUUCCCCAAAUUUCGAAUUAAUCGUAUUCGUACCCCAUUUUGCUGCACAAAAUUGCCUCCGUGGGAGCCUUCACCUGUCACAUAUGUUCCCACUGAUGAUGCUGCUGGUAGCUUCUUGAAGAAAAGUAGUAACAUAUUUGAAACUAUGGAUUCCAGCGAUGGCACUGAAGCUAACAGUGAAGAGCAUUCAGAUACAAAGAAUCAGCCAUUAACGCAGUUUCAGUUUCUUAAAUGGCCUAUGUGGCUUCUGGGUCCUUCUCUUCUUCUCACCACUGGCAUGGUGCCCACACUAUGGCUACCUCUAUCUUCCAUAUUUCUAGGCCCCAAUAUAGCCAGCUUGCUUUCCUUGAUUGGACUGGAUUGCAUCUUCAAUAUUGGUGCUACUCUUUUUCUUCUCAUGGCUGAUUCUAUUUCGCGGCCCAAAAGCCUCGCACAAGCCGGCAAUAGCAAGCCUCCUUUUAGUUAUAAAUUGUGGAACAUGGCUGCAUCUGUCUCUGGAUUUGUCUUUCCUUUGAUGAUGCUGUUGGGAUCCCAAAAUGGUUCCCUCCAACCCCAGUUGCCUUUCAUCUCAUUUACAGUUCUAUUGGGUCCAUACCUCCUGCUUCUCUCUGUACAGAUUCUGACUGAGAUGCUGACUUGGCAUUGGCAAUCACCAGUAUGGUUGAUGACCCCAGUUGUGUAUGAAGCAUAUCGUGUGUUACAAUUAAUGAGGGGGUUGAAGCUUGGGGCUGAGCUCAGUGCUCCAGCAUGGAUGAUGCAUAUGAUUAGGGGACUUGUAUGUUGGUGGAUCCUGGUUCUUGGCAUUCAACUAAUGAGAGUUGCUUGGUUUGCUGGUUUUACUGCUCGAGCUCAUCAGCAACUGCCUUCGGCUCCUGCUGAUAGUUAAUAUUGCUCAUUGUUAGGAGAUUAUGAUGAACAACCAUGGCGUCCUAUACAGAUUUGUAAUUGUCCUAUAAAAUAAUAUAACUUCCUGUUACACUGCUGGAGUUUGUGUAUAGAGAUUCAGCAUAGAUAUGAUUUAUUGUGCGCGGUAAAAGAUGUUAAUUGUCAUGUACAUCAAACAAGUUAUGCACUUGGUUAUAAACUUGAUUAUGUGUUUGACCUUUA